AUGGAAGAAGGAGAAAUGGAUUUUCAUGGCAUGAAGAGGAAACAACUGCAAGCGCUUUGUAAAAAGCAUGGAAUUCUUGCUAAUAAAUCCAAUGCCGAAAUGGCUGAUUUGUUGACUCUGACCCUGAAGGCAAACGAAAAUCCCAUAACGGAAGGUCAUGGUGAAUUACCAAAUAAGAAUGAUUCUAUGAAUGUGCCGAAAAAAUCAAAGAAAGUUAGAUUCAGCCCUGAUGUUGAAACACGUGAAUAUGAGCCUUCGGUGUAUAAAAGAAAGAAGAGGAGGAGUAUGGUUAAUUCUGAAAAAGUUAAUGGUUCUCCGCCUAGAGCUAGGAGUAGAGUGCGUAGAACAGUUGAAAGAAAUGCAGAGGAGGUUGUGUUGCCGGUUGUUGGGAAGAAGAGAGGGAGCGGAGGAGAAAAGAAAGGGAGUCUUGGGGUAGAAAAUGUUGAUGCUACUUUAGUUACGAAGGAUGGAGGGCCUCAACUCGUGAUGGGAGGAGAUAAAUUGAGGAGGCAUUUAAGAAGUAGAGAGGUGGUAAUUGAAAGGAAUGUGGAAGGAGGUGCAGGAGAUUUGGUUGCUUCGAGGAAGAAUUCAAAACGGGGAAUGUCUAGAAAGAGAGGGAAUAGCGAGGGGAGUAAUGGGAAUGCUUUGUUGGAUGAAGUUUCUGUAGAGAAUGUAAGUGCAAAAGACGAUGCUAAACCUGCAAAGAAAGUGAGAUUCAGCCCUGAUGUUGAAACACGUGAAUAUGAGCCUUCGGUGUAUAAAGGAAAGAAGAGGAGUAUGGUUAAUUCUGAAACAGUUAAUGGUUCUCCACCUAGAGCUAGGAGUAGAGAGCGGAGAACAGUUGAAAAAAAGGUAGACGAGGUUGUGUUGCCGGUUGUUGGGAAGAAGAGAGGGAGCAGAGGAGAAAAGAAAGGGAGUCUUGGGGUAGAAAAUGUUGUUUCUACUUUAGUUACGGAGGAUGGAGGUCCUCAACUCGUGAAGGGAGGAGAUAAAUUGAGGAGGCAAUUAAGAGGUAGACAGGUGUUAAUUGGAAGGAAUGUGGAAGGGGGUGAAGGAGAUUUGGUUGCUUCGAGGAAGAAUUCAAAACGGGGAAUAUCUAGAAAGAGAGGGAAUAACGAGGGGAGUAAUGGGAAUGCUUUGUUGGAUGAAGUUUCUGUAGAGAAUGUAAGUGCAAAAGACGAUGCUAAACCUGCAAAUAUACCAUUGCGACCAAGAAGAAAUGCUAGGAAGAAUGAAACUACUUCAUUAUUGACUGUGGAAUUGGGAGAAACUGAAUUUGUUGGCAGGACCACUAGAUCACGGGCUAAGUCAGAAAAUAAUACUUCUUCUGUAACUGAGAAUAAGGCUGAAACUUUCGAGGUUCAGGAUGAAUGCCAAAAAGUUCUCCAGAUUGAAGAAUCUUUGAAGGGAGUAGGUAGUUAUGCUUUGAGAAGAAAAUCUUUUGUGCCUCAGAAGGGGGUGGCAGAAGAAAUUCUAACUGAGGAAGGUGUUGAAGCAAGGAAGGGUGAUGGGCGUUCAAGAAGAAAUGCUAGGAAGAAGGAAGGUGCUGCAUUAUUGAGUGGGGAUUUUGGCAAAACUGAAAUUGUUGGCAGAAUUACUCGGUCACGCUGCUCUACGUUAGGGGAGAAUACUUCUUCCGUGACUACAAAUAAAUCUGAAACCAUUGAGAUCCAGGAUGAACGUGAAAAGGUUCUUCAACUUGAAGAACCGUCGAAGGGUUUAGGUAGAUCUACUUUGAGACGUAAAUCGAUGGUGCCUCAGAAGGGAGUCGCAGUGGAAAGCGUGUCUGGAGAAGGUCUUGAAUCUAUAAAGGAUGUGAGGCCAUCAAAAAGAAAUACGGUAAAGGCUACAGAUUCCAAACCUAUCAUUGAAGUUGUUGUUAGUAGGAGGACAAGGUUUGGAGCUCAGGUUGCAGGGAAUAAUUGUGCAGUUGAAAGUGCAGAUGAAGAUACCAAGGAUAACAAAGAGCAGAACAGGGCUGUUCAGCUCGAGGAAUCUUUGAAGGCUCAAAGUAGAAAUGUUUCAAGACAGAAAUCAGUUACAGCUCAAAAUGGCAAGGUGGAAAGUGAAGGACCAGAUGUGAAUAGCGAAAUCAGAAAGCUAUCAAGGAAUGCAGUUUUGAAGGCAGUUAACGAGGUUGAAGCUUCUGUACAACCUAGAGGCAAGCCUGAAAAGGCUUUGGUACCCAUUGGCCAUCUGAGGAGGUCCCGACGCAAUACUGUUUUGUCAAGCUCUACUUUUGCAACUGAUGAAUUAGGAAUUGUUGAAGCUGCUGGUAAGGUUGGGCAACAGAAACAAAAGCGUAACCCAAUGCUGGGGGAAGAUGCUUCUCCUGUUGCGGGUAAAUGCUUAGUUGAUACACCUUCAAGACAAGCCGCACAACAUGCCUCUAAAAGUGACUUGGUUGGAUCUACCGUCCCCGGAAAAAUUGUUGAAAAGAAGCAACAGAGCAUAUCUGCACUUCCAGUUAUUGUACAGGCAGCCAUGUUUACUGAAGAAACACAAAUUGAGCACACCAGAUUGACCCUGUCAGAAGUUACAGGGGACAAAGUUAAUUUCAGUUUGAACUGCGGCGAGGAAGUUUCUAAAACAUAUGACAAGAGGUCUGAUAGUAAACCAAGUGAAAUGAGAAGAACCAGUUUCUCGGAAGUAUCUGCUGUGUUCUCUGACUUUCAGGAAGGUGGUGUAGAUCCUGAAACAAAUUUGCAGGAAACUUCGUCUCCAACAUCAACAUCAACAUCACUGACUUUGUUAUCUGCUUCUGCAAACCAAGAAAUGCCAGAGAAUGCUAGUCAGCCUGCAGUCAUUAACGACGAGGCUGAUAUUGUCGUAAGUGACAAGGAGAAACUUGUUGCAGAUGUGAUCCCUGACGUUGGUGCGGAUGAUCUAUCAUGUAGAUCUACUGAAGGCGGUGCAGAUUUUGUUAAUGGUAAUUCAGAUGAACUUGGGGUGGCAGAACUGCAGACUAAUGCUUCUGAUACGCUUUCUCUGGCUAGUGGUUUCUCAUCCGCAAACAAAUCAGAUUUUUCAGGGUUGGAGAAAGGGCUCGAAAGAAAAGAACUGGGAGAAGACAUACACUUAGAAAGUGGUGAUGCCAAUGAUGGUUUAACUGAAAUUGACAGAACAUCUGCUCUGGAUGAUGGUGUCUGUGAUCUAGAAAAGGCUGGACUGAACGUUACAAUAAAAAGAAAAGAGCAUGAAGAGGCACCUUGUGAUGAUAGAGCAUCACCAGCUGCUGGUGAAGGGAUGGUUAGCUUGAGCUCUGAAAUAAACUUACUGGAGGAUGGUGAUGUCCUCCUUACCCAAGCUGCUGAAGAGGAACAGAAUUUCAUUUCAGAGAGAAACUCUGGCUAUGUUUCGCGGGUCUCUGGCGUCUGUGAUCUAGAAAAGGCUGGACUGGACGUUACAACAAACACAAAUGAGCAUGAAGAGGCACCUUGUGUUGAUAGAGCAUCACUAUCUGCUGGUGAAGGGAUGGUUAGUUUGAGCUCUGAAAUAGACUUACAGGAGGAUGGCGAGGUCCUCUAUACCCAAGCUGCAGAAGAGAAACAGAAUUUCAUUUCAGAGAGAAACUCUGCCAAUGUUUCACAGGUCUCUGGAGGAGCAUGCACACAUGAUCUUUUAGAUGGAGAAGGAACCUGUCUGAGUGCCCCAGAAGAGGGCACCAAUGGAAGUGAAAAUGGUUCUGCAGCCACUGUUCCUUUACAAUUCACCGUUAUUGGCAAGCGAAGGUUGUCCUUUUCUGCAGGCGAUUCCUCUCUGGACAGGAACAUACGACAUCAUGAUGAAAAAGCUUGUGAGGAUGAAAAGCAUGUUCUGAACCUGGAGAAAAAGGAAGCUACUGCAGAUGCUCAGCCACAAUCUUCCUUGAAGGAGUUGCAAGAUAAAGAGAAGGAUAGUUUUGCAGUAACACCUGAUAAUUGCAUUGCCGAGGUAACAGGAGAAACUGAAGUUACUAUUCGUGGUGACAGUGGUAAACCAUCAACUAGAGUGAAUAGUUUACUAAUGCUUUCUGAAGAGUUCAGUGGUUACAAAGAGAUGAUUGAAAAAAGAAACUGCAGACUCGAUGCUACCAUUGAUGUGCCUAUUAGCAAGUUCCAUGGAGCUGCUAUGGAUAUGGUCAGUGGUCGAAACAUGGAUAGAGAAUCAGAUGUUGAAAAAUUUGAAACUAAGGAAGAAGAAUCAGGAUGCGCUGUAACAACUGAACAUGGUGAUGACAGUGGCUCCCAGAAGGUGUCUACAAAGGUAGAUGCCAAUGUUGACUCUGGUUUCACUCAUAUAAUUUCUGAGGAAAGGGAAGGUUCUGAAGGGAAAACAGUUGAUAUGAUGGGCCAUUCUAAUGAUUUCCAUAUAUCAAGCAUAGAGAUGGUCAGUGAUAAAAAUAUGACUAGAAACCCGUGUGAUCAUGUUGUCGGGAAGGAAACUGCAAAGGGUGCUCUCUUAUUUGAGCAUUGUGACCACAGAGGCAGUGAGGAGGUGGCUGCCAAUCUGAAUGGCAUUGCUGAUGCAAGUUUGACUCCAACCAUUGAAAAAUGUGAAAAUAAGGAAGAAGAAUCAGGAUGCGCAGUAACAACUGAGCAUGGUGAUGACAGUGGCUCCCAGAAGGUGUCUGCUAAGGUCGAUGCCAAUGCUGACUCUGGUUUCACUCAUGUAAUUUCUGAGGAAAGGGAAGGUUCUGAAGGGAAAACAGUUGAUAUGAUGGGCCAUUCUAAUGAUUUCCAUAUAUCAAGCAAAGAGAUGGUCAGUGGUAAAAAGAUGACUAGAAACCUGUGUGAUCAUGUUGUCGGGAAGGAAACUGCAAAGGGUGCUCUCUUAUUUGAGCUUUGUGACCACCGAAGCAGUAAGGAGGUGGCUGCCAAUCUGAAUGGCAUUGCUGAUGGAAGUUUGACCCCAACCAUUGAAAACUGUGAAACUAAGGAAGAAGAAUCAGGAUGCGCAGUAACAACUGAGCAUGGUGAUGACAGUGGCUCCCAGAAGGUGUCUGCAAAGGUAGAUGCCAAUGCUGACUCUGGUUUCACUCAUAUAAUUUCUGAGGAAAGGGAAGGUUCUGAAGGGAAAACAGUUGAUAUGAUGGACCAUUCUAAUGAUUUCCACAUAUCAAGCAAAGAGAUGGUCAGUGGUAAAAAUAUGACUAGAGACCUGUGUGAUCAUGUUGUCGGGAAGGAAACUGCAAAGGGUGCUCUCUUAUUUGAGCUUUGUGACCACAGAAGCAGUGAGGAGGUGGCUACCAAUCUGAAUGGCAUUGCUGAUGCAAGUUUGAAUCCAAACAUUUAUAAAGAAAUUGAAAUUUCUAGGGGAAAGAAUGUUGGAUGGGGGGAAAACUCUUCUAAUAGCAGAAAAAGAACUAACAUGUGGACAGAUCAAGAAACCGUAUCUGUGGGUGAUGAUUCCAAUGCUGACACUGCCUCUGCAGAUAUCGAGGAUAGAGAUGAUACAUCAGAUGGAGUUAUGGAUGCUGAGCUUGAACUUGGAGUUGAGGCUGGUAAAUUUGACAACCUCGAAGAAUUGAAUGCUUUGGAGCGAGAAAGAAGUGCUUCUAUAGCUAUAGAAAAUCGUAACUCUAUGGAUGUCAUAGCUGCAUUUACAAAGGAAAAUGUUGUAAAGCUGGAGGAUGAUUUGAAGUUGAAACAUUGUAACAUUGAUGAUGAGAAGGAAUACAGCAUUGUUGCUCUCCCACAGGUUACUCCAAAGGGCAUGACAGAGCACUCGGUUGAGGAGGAACUUCAUGAGAUUAACGAAGGUUGUGAAGUUGUACCAAAUGAUUCCAGCAAGAAGAUUGAAGUUGAAGCAGAUGAAGCUCGGUCAGUGGCCAUUGGCGGAAAGAUUUGUUUCGUGAAAGUUGAAGACUGCAACAAUUGGACUGAAAGAACAGCGAUUUCUCCACGGAUACUUGAAAGUAGCAGAAAAAAGGCCAAGCAAACUUCUUCAGAACAAAAAUUAUUAGCUGGGUUGUCUUCCGGAACAUUCAGAAUGGGUUCAAGUACUGAUGCUGUCUCAGAGCUGAAUGUGCUAUUAUCUCAUGGAGAAAAAUAUAAAUCUCAUCCAAUCAGCAAUGAAGCAGGAGGAAAGGCAAUGGCAGCUAGUGACAAGGGAUCUGAUGCAUCUGCCUUCACUGACUGGGAAGUGAAUUUGAUUCAAGGGAACAGAGAACAAGAUCAAUUCUUGUUCACCGACUGGGAAGCGAAUUCGAUUCAAGAAUCUGAUGGGGAAGGUUUGAUAGACAAUUUGAUAAGCAACAAUUCUGAGCAUGCAGCACGGGUGGAAAAAAAUGUUGAAGAAGUCCUGUUCACCGACCGGGAAAUGAAUUUGAUUCAAGGUAGUGGAGAACAAGAUCAGGCUGAAGAAUCUGAUGAAGUAGCCUCCAGAGACAAUUUGAAAAGCAACGAUCCUUUAGAUGAGCAUGCAGCAGAUGAUGCUAUUCGUGACUUAAAGGCAGACGACAUCUCCUAUCCUGACAUUCAAGAAACCUGCGAAACAGGAUUGGGUGCAAUAGACAACGUUGGCAUAGCAGCCGCUGAAAAGAUGGACAUCCUAGAGGAAGUGGGUAUUAGAGGGACUUCGCAACCAGUUAUUCCAGCUGAGGCAUCGCUUGAAACAGCCAAAGGUACGCUACAGAAAGCAUUUUUAAGCUGCAGCAAACCGGAUGAGAGCACAUCUUCAGAACAAUUAGUAUUUGAUGGUACCUCUUGUGGCUUACCUGAAACCAUUUCAGUUGGUUCUGUCGUACGAGAAAAUGGUCCAGUGGCUUAUGAAGGUGGAUUUGUACCACAAUUAUACAGUAACGAUAUGCAUAGUCAUGGAGGAGGAGAAACAACUUGCGAUCACAGAGGGAGCAAUCCCCCGGAGCAGGGUGAAUUUCACCAAACGGACUACGAAGUUUUAAUAGCACAUACAGUCGGGGCUGAGGAAGCUAGAGAACCUUUAAAUGAUGCUACAGGUGAUACCAGCCUAGAAUCUAAUCCAACUGAUCCUCAGGAAGUUGCGAUAAAGGAUGCUAAUGAGCCCCCAGAUGCAGGCAACGAACCAGCUCUCAUGGUUGGUCUUGAUUGUGUGCCUCAAAAUCAGCAGUCAUGUCAGUGUGAGAGAGAGGAACACCCCAUAGGGACUGAGGCAGCAGCACAUUGCUUGCAUAAGCUUGAUGAUGGUGUUUUCUCCGAGGAGAUUGUAGACUUUGGAAAUGGCCUUGUUACUUCUCUAAUCAAUUAUCAGAGAGAUGUUGAUUCCUCAGCUGGUUCUUCAGUCAGUGCAUCUCAACAUCAUAUAACAGAAAAUGAUCCUUGGGAGCUGAAUUUAUUUUUCGGAGAGAACGAACAAUAUGAGAAUCAAACUUCAGAUGGAUGGUUCUUGAACUCCAAUUUGAGAAACAAAGAUGCUAGGAUGGUGGAAGCAAAUAUAGUUGGUACUGAACAAGCCGCUAUUCAAGUUGGUGAAGAGCAACAUGGUCAACUAGCGCAAGUAAUGGAUGAGCAAAUUGAAGAAGCAAAGCACACGUUCUUCGCUGUUUCAGAUGAGCCCCUCUUUGAAGAUGCCGAAGCUUCAAAGAAGCAAGAUUGUGUUCCUCUCGAGGUUGACAGCAUUCAAGAUUGUAUUAACUGUGAGAAUUAUGAGAACAAAUCUGGGAAUACUGAGCAUUCUGAUAGUCCCGCCGAAAAGGAAAUCUUGAUAGAUGUUGCUGAGUUCAAUGCUUGUCAUAAUGCUGUUUCAUCGGAGCAAAGGGUGGAACGCAAUCCAAGCUACUCUAAACAACAUAAUAAUGGAAACCUCAGUGUUGAAGAUGCUGGAAUAACUACGGACUUGAGUGUGGAUGUGCCGUCCAAACCAGAUGUGGAUAUAUUGGAUCAAUCUUUUGCAAUCACCAAUUCAGCUGUUGGUCAAGACAUUGCUGUUGGGGAUGACGAGACUCGUCAAUUGAAGUUGCCAUUACCGCAAAAGACAACUUCAUAUGCCAAAGAAGAAGAAAGCCAUAGUUCGGAUGCCAAACGGUUAAAUACUUCAUUGCUUAAGAGGAAGAUCAGUAAAACUGGUUUUGUUCAAGCAACUCCCCAGAAGAUGGUUACUUGUACCGACAUGAAAGAAAACCUGACCAGUAACAAGGGGGAGCAGCAUGGUCAUAUGACAGCACCGAACGCAAUAUCAAAGAGGAGGGCUCUGGAGAAUCUCAGAAACAAUUAG